AAAUCGUGAAUAUUUGCAAUCGCGGACGCGCAGCACAGAAAGAGGGAAAAGAAGAAGAAAGGAAGGAAAGCAAGAGUUGGGUGUGGUAAUUGGUUGAACGAAGAAGAGAAAUGGACGACUACACGAGGGAAAUGAUGGACCUGAAGACACUGGUCACUCGCACUCUCGAGAAGAAAGGCGUUCUCGCCAGGAUCCGUGCCGAGCUCAGAGCGAGUGUGUUCGAGGCCAUCGAAGAGGAAGAUCGUGUGAUUGAGAAGGACCAAGGUCUACCUCCUGCAUUGCUUGGUAGCUGCAACGAUCGAGCUAAACAGCUUCACGCUUCUCCUCCAGGUAGGCUCCUUACGGCCAUGAUAUGUGAGUACCUUGACUGGGCGCAGCUCAAUCACACACUAAAAGUUUACCUUCCGGAAUGUAAUUUGGAAAAAGAUUUUUGGAAGACGGAGCUUAAGGAGUUUAGUACCAAAAAUGGUUAUGAUCUCAACAGAAACAGAGAUAGUCCUCUACUCUUGGAUGUGCUUGAAGGAUUUUUGAAGCUUGAGAAUUUAUCCCAAGCAAGGGCUAGUGGUAGGAGAUAUACCGCUUCAGAAACCGAGUCUUUACCAAACUCGGAAUCACGGAAUUCCCGUAGGCAUUCUUCCUCAUCUGUUGCUGGUGGCUUACCUCCACUAGGAAGGGCUGUUCCUUCAUCCCAGGCAUCAUCUGAUAGAAGAGGUGGAUCUUCCAUGUCUGCCUAUAGGAAGGAUGAGUACAAUUGGCGAUAUGACAGUGAUGAACUUGCCGAGGACAUAAUUCAAACAUCAGGUGCAUUGGAAAAUCUUCAAUUAGACAGAAAAGCUCGGAAUCUAACAUCUUCUUGGCGACACGCUGGAGAUGGAAUCAAUGAGGACGAUGGCAGGGUUGAUCACGCGUAGGGACAGACAUUGCUUGCCUAAUUGCAAUCUGCUCCUGUAUUUUAUUGUGUAUUCUUAGUUUUCUGCCUCUGAUGAUGAUUGAAUGAGCCUAAUUUGGUGUAAGAUCAUUUAAUUGUGAUGUGCUUUAGUGUUUUUUAUGAGCUA